AUGGAUUAUUAAUUACCUUCUAUGGCAGACCCAUUCACUUGGGUUUCUUAUACUAUUUUAGGCAUUCUGGUAGGCUUAUCAUAAGCUGGUGGUAUUGGUGGUGGUCCAAUUAUAUCUCCAGUCAUGAUGGUUUUAUUGGGAUGUCCAAGUAAAAAGGCAAUUUGGAACACUUAUAUUAUGCUCUUGGGAGGAAGUCUUGGUAAUUUCAUCAGAUUGGGAAAAGAGAGAACUGCAAAUGGAAGUGCUCCAUUGAUAAAUUAUCAAUUGGUUCAAAUUACAUUGCCUUUAUUAUUGGCUGGAGCAAUUUUGGGAGUUGCAACAGGUAAAUGGUUACCAAAACUGCUCAUUGUGAUCUUUUUGUUCGGUAUAUUACUCACGGUCUUUUUAAAAACUAAGAGUUUAUACACAAAAACUCGCAGUAAAGAAAUGAAUGAACAUUUAAUUCCUGUUGAACUCAAGGAAUUGUCAAUAUAGAACUAGAGUACCCACUCAAAAGAGUUGAAUAUAAUCAAAGAAAAGGAUGGAAGACUCUACCCAACAGAACCACUUACAGAAAUCAGCUUAACUGUGUUAAUUAUCAUAGUUGUUACAUUAUUAAAAGGGUCAGGAGCAGUACCAUCAAUUCUCGGAAUAGAUUAUUGUGGUUUAGGUUUCCAUUUUUUGAAUAUUGUCAUAUUUGGAAUUGCUUGUUAUAAUGUUUACAGAUAUAGAAAAUUUAUAUCGAAAGAUGAAGAAUAUAAACAAUCUAUUGGUUAUGAUUUUUCAGAUGGUAAAAUGAGUGCAGUAUUUGAUAUUACAGUUAAAUCAAGUUUAUAUGCUGGAUUUUUGGGUGGACUUGUUGGUCUAGGAGGAGGUGUAGUACUGACACCUCUUUGGUUAGAAACUGGAAUAAACCCUCCUAGAGCAGCAGCUUCAGCUACAUUUACAGUCUUAUUUACUUCAUCCAUCUCAGUUUUUAUCAUUGCUCUUUCUGGAGGAUAUUAAUUUGAAGAAUUCAUCAUUUUAGGGUUGGUUUCUAGUUUUGGCAGUUAUUUGGUUGCAGGAGUCCUGAAACAUAUAGUGUAAAAAUAUCAAAGGGAAUCAAUUCUAAUCUAAGUGCUUUUGGGAGUUAUAGCAUUUGGAUUAAUUAUACUUCCAUUUUAAUCUAUUAAAGAUGUUUAUUAAAAUCCGCUUGGUGCAAUUUAAUUCGGCCAUUUAUGCUGA